AUGGCAGGGGCGGAUGAGGUCAUCCAAGCCCGUGGUGGGGACGUGGCUAAGCACGCAUUGCCGUGCGCUCAGCUGACCCAGUUCCACAAGGGAGAGGGGCGGCUUGGAUCACACGACGCCCGUUGGGCAGCCUCUACGUUGCCAGUCACCUCUUCCGAGGUGGAACGCUACUGGUCCGCCCUUGCUCGUGUGCAGAGGCGGGACUGGAACCGCCUAGCCGCCACAAAGAUGACUGACGUCACCUUUGUGGCCUUCACAAGGCGUGCACGUGAGGCUUUCGAUCGCAGGCAGGUUGUGCGUGAGAAGCUCUAUCGUGACCUGAGCAACGGCACCCUCAAGGACGGCUGCCUCGUUCCCCCGGUCGCACCAAAAGAAGAGGAAGAGGGGGCUGAAGUAGUGGAGGGAGAGGAGGAAGAAUGUACCACCAAUAACUGGGUGGAGUUCAGGAGCAUUGGGAAGAAGAGCAGGAAGAGGAAGGCGGGAGAGUCCUCCAAGAGGAAGAGGAAGGGAAAGGGGAAGGGGAAGGGGAAGGGGAAGGGGAAGGGGAAGGGCAAAGUUUCAUGCAAGGGUGUGAGGAAGGGAAAAGCUGCAGAGUGGGGGGAGGAGGAGGAGGAGGAGGAGGAGGAGGAGGAGGAGGAGGAGGAGGAGGAGGAGGAGGAGGAGGAGGAGGAGGAGGAGGCUCCGGCGGCGGACAGCAGUGGGCGUGAGGAGGCGGCGCCCGCCAAGAACCCAAGGGGCAUCGAUCCGUGGGAUAUCAGCGAUGGUGAUAGUGGGGAGGAGGAAGAGGAUGAGGAGGAUGACGAGGAGGAGGAAGAAGAGGAUCAGUAA